UCAGAGGAAUAUCUUGAUAAAAUUGGACAGGACUAUCAUAACUUCCUGUUUGUUAAAAUUCCACCAAAAUUCACAUCAAAAAUUCAACCUAAAUGACAAAUUACUAAAUUUUAGAAAUCAUUAAGAAAAACAUGAGUUUACUAUUUUCAAAGUUUUGACAAACUUUAUUGAUAGGAAAUCAAAACUUUGAAAAUAUGAGUUUACUAUUUUCAAAGUUAAAAUUACCCGUAAGUUCUUUGGUCCUGUCACGUUCUUAUGUAGUUGCAAUAAGUUUACAACAAAAUGCAUCAAAUAACUCUAUUUUAAUUGAAGAGUUUACCAAAUUAUGCCAUAAAAGAGAUUUACCCAGAGCUAUAAAUGCUAUGAAAAGCUUGGAAAACUCUGGUCUAAUGGCGGAUUGUACUGUUUACUCUGAGCUUAUAAAAUGUUGCAUUUCUCGUAAGGCAAUUCAGGAAGGCAAAUAUAUUCAUAAGCAUUUGUUUUCAAAUGGGCAUCAACCUGAAUCAUUUUUACUUAGCAUGCUGGUUAAUAUGUAUGUUAAAUUCAACUUAUUGGUUGAAGCAGAGAAGCUGUUUGAUGAAAUGCCCGAGAAAAAUGUUGUUGCUUGGACUACAAUGAUUUCAGCUUAUUCGAAUGCUAAAAUUAGUCACAAGGCUUUCAAGUUUUUGAUUUUCAUGUAUAGAGAAGGCGUUAGACCGAAUAUGUAUACAUUUUCCUCAGUUUUGAGAGCUUGUGAUGGGUUGUUGAGCCUUAAGCAGCUGCAUUGUGCUGUAUUUAAGUGUGGUUUAGAGUCUGAUGUAUUUGUUAGGAGUGCUUUGAUUGAUGUUUAUGCAAAGUGGGGUGAAUUGGAUAAUGCACGGGCUGUUUUCGAGGAGUUUGUGACUGGGGAUUUAGUUGUUUGGAACUCGAUAAUUGGAGCGUUUGCACAAAACAGUGAUGGUGAUGAAGCUUUGAAUCUUUUCAAGAGGAUGAAGAAGGCUGGUUUUCUAGCUAACCAAGCUACAUUAACAAGCACUCUGAGAGCGGUUACUGGUUUAUCUUUGUUAGAAUUAGGGAGACAGGUUCAUGUUCAUGUGUUGAAGUAUGAUCGGGAUUUGAUUCUAAGUAACGCCCUUUUAGAUAUGUAUUGCAAGUGUGGUGGUUUAGAUGAUGCGCGCUUGGUUUUUACUCGGAUGAAGGAGACAGACGUAAUCUCUUGGAGUACUAUGAUAAUUGGGUUAGCUCAAAAUGGAUUCAGUGGAGAAGCUCUACAAUUAUUCGAGAUGAUGAAAUUAUCUGGAAUUCAACCAAAUUACAUAACAAUUGUUGGGGUCUUAUUUGCUUGUAGUCAUGCCGGUCUCUUGAAAAAAGGGUGGUAUUACUUUCGAUCAAUGAAGAAGCUUUUUGGGAUUGAUCCUGGAAGAGAACAUUAUGGGUGCAUGAUUGAUCUUCUAGGAAGGGCGGGUAAACUCGAUGAUGCUGUAAAGUUACUUCAUGAAAUGAACUGUGGACCUGAUGCAGUGACAUGGAGAACCCUUCUUGGUGCAUGUAAAAUUCACAGAAAUACAGAUAUAGCUAUUUAUGCUGCUAAGCAAAUGUUGAACCUAGAACCAGAUGAUGUGGGGACAUAUAUACUACUUUCAAAUAUUUAUGAGAAUUCUCAGAGAUGGGAAGAUUCCAUGUAUCUGAGGAAGAAAAUGACAGAAAGAGGAAUAAAAAAAAAACCAGGAUGCAGCUGGAUUGAAGUUAAUAAACGAAUCCAUGCUUUCAUCUUCCGGGAUGUGUCACAUCCUCAAAUAGAUGACAUUAUCAGGGAGCUGAAUCAGUUGCUUCAUAAACUAAAAGUUGUAGGUUAUGUCCCAGACACGAACUUCAUUUUGCAAGAUCUCGAGGGGGAGCAAAAAGAAGAGUCGCUCCAGUACCAUAGUGAGAAACUCGCAAUUGUAUAUGGUUUGAUGAGCUUGCCGAAAGAGAGUGUUAUUAGGAUCAGGAAGAACCUGAGGAUUUGUGGGGAUUGUCAUCUCUUUGCAAAGCUUGUCGCGAAAACAGAGAAGAGGACUAUUGUCAUUAGAGACCAAGUAAGGUAUCAUCAUUUUCAAGAUGGUACCUGUUCCUGCACGGAUUAUUGGUAAAAGAUAAAAAUUUUGUUUCAUUUGUCAAUUUUUGAUGAAUGUGUAAAGUACUGUAAACAAGGUGAGACAAAAGUUUAGUAUCCACUUUUGUCCUCAUAGAUAACAAUAACAUUAAAAAUCAAAGCUUUAAUCCCAAAAGAUUAGACAGCCUACAUGAACCACUAAAUUUCCAGUGGUAAUCAUUUUGUCUUCAUCUAGUUGGACUUAUUUUUUGUCAACCAAUUGUUGUGAAUUUGUGAUACAAGUUAGUAAUAAGUAUUGGAAAUAAUAAUGCAAAUUAUUAAAAUACAAAUACAAGAUGAUAUUUAU